AGGAGGAGGAAGGAGGGGAUCGGCUCAGUGAAUGAAUGGGCGGCAGCGGCGGCUGCUCCCCUGCUCAAUGGCUGCUGGGCUGAUAGGAGCCAGCCCCGCAGCUGGUGCCUCCCUCACCCUCCCGUGUUUUGUCUCAGGCUCGCCCUGCUCCGGGCUCCCCAGACAUGUUCAACCAGCAGCAGUUCCAGCAGCAGCUGCUGCAGCUCCAGCACCUCCUCCAGCAGCAGCACCACCAUCCCCCGGCGCAGCAGGGAGGCCGGGGUUUGCCACCACCACAGCAGCAACAGAUGCUGAGCUUACGGGCAACAAACCAACCAUCCCUGCUCAAUGCCAAUCCUAUGCUUCAGCGGGCCUUACUCAUGCAGCAGAUGCAAGGAAACCUGCGUGGAUUUAACAUGACAGCACCAGCACUGCAGCAGUUCUUCCCUCAGGCUACAAGACAUUCCCUCCUGGGGCCACCACCUGUUGGGGUCUCAUUAAAGCCAGCUCGGAUGGGCUUCCCCAGCCUUCCCUUCCAGCGCCAGAACCGAACCUUCCGCAAGGACUUCCAGAGAGUCCCUGACAGAAAGAGGGAACUAGAUCCUGGUUCUUCAUCUCAGACACAAGGUGAUGAGAAAAUGGAAAUCCCAGAGGGAAUGCAAGCAAUGUCAGAGCAGAACAACUGUUCCACAUCCACAGAGCCAAGAAUUCCAAGAGAAUCUCUGUUGAACAUGGAGCCUGCAGCAAAAAGACUGAAGAGUGUUACUGAGGAGCCUGCAUUAGAGGAUGCAACAGACAGCAGGGAAGCAGGAGAGACAAGCACCCAUGUCCAAGCUGAUGGUACAGGCAAUGCAAGGGAGUACACAGCUGAAGAUCUGUCUAAAGAGAGGAAAUUCUCUGAGGAACCAAAGGCUCCUGAGGUGUUGAGCUCUGGAGGUUCACUGAAAGUGACUAUUCAGCAGAGCAGUGAGAGCAGAGCUAUCAGUACAACAGCUCUGAAACCAGGGCACUGGACCUGUGAGGUGGGCACAGCUGACCCCAGCCCUGAAUCAGUCCUUAAAUUCUACUGUUAUAUCUGCAAGACCAACUGCUGCAGUCAGCAGAAAUUCCAAUCCCACAUGGCUGGAAUUCAGCACCAGCAGCGACUUAGGGAGAUUCAGCACAUGAGCAAUGUUUGCUUUGUUUCAUUACUGCCCAUGGUGAAGGAGCAGAAAGUGCUGGCAGAGAAAGAUGGAGACACCCAGCAGAGAUGGUGUAACACUUGUCAGAUACACUUCACAGGGGAUCUGAUCAAACAUCGCAGGACCCAAGAACACAAGCUGGCCAAACGUUCGCUCCGUCCUUUCUGCACCGUCUGCAGCCGCCACUUCAAGACCCCUCGCAAGUUCGUGGAGCACAUGAAGUCCCCUGAGCACAAACAGAAAGCCAGAGAGGUGAGGCUAGGAGAGAAGGAGUUGGGCAGCCCGGAAGAUUCAGAGGAGUUGAUCACAGUGGAUGCUGUUGGCUGUUUUGAAGAUGAUGAUGAUGAAGAGGAGGAAGAGGAGGGGGGAGCUGUUGAAGAGGAAGACCUUGAUGUAGCACUGACAGAGAAUAAGGAUUCUGCUGCCAAGCAGACUGGGCUGAAGGAAAUGUCUUUGGAGGAUUACGAAGGAAGCGAGAAGUAUUGUCCAGACACAGCCUAUGGCCUGGAUUUUCUGGUCCCCGUCGCAGGUUACCUCUGCAGGCUGUGUCACAAAUUCUACCAUAGCGACUCUGCUGCCCGGCUCGCACACUGCAAGUCCCUGAUGCAUUUUGAGAACUUUCAGAGGUACAAGGCAGCGAGGCAUCGUGCCACAGCUGUCUACCCCGAGGCUCCUUUGCAUUCCCAGGGCUCCAGCUCCCAAUUGCUGGAUGAUCCGAAACAGCCUCCUGCUACAGCAGCAGAUACCAGUAAGAGGAUGAAUGAUGAUCAUGGGAUAGACAAGAAAGGCACAGAGCUGCCAGCCCUUCAAGAACAAGCUUGGAGGUCUCUGGAGGGCACGGGUGAGCUGGCCACCUCUGUAGCAGAGGGCGAAAGCCCAGCCAGCGUGACUGAUGAUGUGUGUGGAAUCAUGGUGGUAGAAGAAGAAAACCUACAUGAAAAGAGCAAGUCCCCUGCCCCUAGCGCCGACUGCCCGCUCCCGGGGGAGAGCUGCGCCCUGGGGGCCUUGCUGGGACACACCGUGUCUGAGGAGGAAGCCAGUGCAGCCAGGCCAAGGGAAGGCACAGGUGACCACCAGGAUCCAGGCAGUAGAGGUGGUUUAGGACAGAAUGAGGAAGCAAACACAGGCCAAGAGGCAGAGCCUUCCUCCCUAGCCAAAGGUGAGACAAGCAGUCUUGCCUCUGCUGGGGGCAGACGCUCUACUAGGCGCAAACCCAGAUAGAGUGGCCUUAAAGGGAGAGCCCUUUCCGUAGGAUAUUUGCUGGAAAUGUUUAUUUUCGGAGUCUUUUAAUAGAGCAAAAACCUUCAACUUUACUGCUGUUUUUAUUUUAAGAAUAAAAUAAGCCUGGCUUUAGUGUGUCUAAUACAGGAUGGUGUUGGUUAUUACUCAUACAGGUGGGAAUACAGCAAUUAUGUGGAAAGACUGAGGUUUGGAUUGUUGAAUCUGAAAGACAGUGAUAUAAUUUUUAUGGGGGACAAAGUUCAUGAAGUAGAUGGAUGCAGACUUUUAUUUCACUAAGAAUUCUUUGUAGCUCCUCUGUUGUUUCCAGGCAAAGGAAAAGUUUCUCUGUUGGGAGACUGUGCUCAGUUUUGCUCCUCAGAACAGUUUCCUGCACAUUCUUUGGACAAGCACUGUGUCCU